AGUGCGGUUGUCGCCCUAAAGGCUGAGCCGCUAAAGCGCGCCAUGACGCGCGAAUUCGGACGCAUGCAGGACUUCUACCUGCAGCUACAUGACGUGCCUCAGCCACUACACUACACCUUCGACGUGAAUGGAUCGGUGGCGGGCGCGUCGGCGGGGUACGAGGUGACAGCGGGCGCGAUGGCGGGCGCGGCGUCUGAGUUGGGUUCGGUCGCGGUCCGCGAGACGGGCCUCGUGCCGCAAGCCGCGCACGCGAUGCCGCUCGAGCAACGAAAGAGGAAGGGCCCGCACUUUCCCGACGCUUAUGAGAUGCCAGGGUGCGAGGUGGCCGGCUCGGCCUCAUCCACUACAUCCUCGCACUUGCACCCCGCCAGCGCCACGCGCAAAAGAAAACCAUCAUCAUAUUCCGUAACCUCCGGGCCUUUAACAUACGAUGACGACGGCACUGAUGAUUCCCGAUCCGUCCGAACCCUGCCCGAUAAGAGACAGAACCACAGUGAAAUAGAGAAGCGGCGUCGUGACAAAAUGAACACGUACAUAUCCGAGCUGAGCGCUAUGGUGCCGAUGUGUGGGGCGAUGGCUCGGAAGCUGGACAAGUUGACCGUGCUGCGUAUGGCCGUUCAGCAUCUGCGGUCAGUGCGCGGGGCGAUGUCAGCAGGACCGUUGACUGUUCGGCCGCGACCAGCAUUUCUUUCCGAGCGCGAGUUGAACGCUCUGGUCCUUCGCGCAGCAGACGAUUGUUUUCUCAUGGUAGUGGGAUGCGACCGAGGGCGGCUGCUGUACCUGUCAGCCAGUGUCACCACUUUGCUUCAUUAUGACCAGUCUGAGUUACUAGGACAGAGUCUGUUUGACAUCCUCCAUCCCAAAGACGUGUCCAAAGUGAAGGAACAGCUUUCUUCGUCAGACCUCAGCCCUCGUGAGAGACUCAUCGAUGCCAAGACGAUGCUUCCAGUGAAAGCGGACUUGGCCCACGGUGCCUCGAGGCUCUGUCCUGGCGCUCGGCGAUCCUUCUCUUGUCGCAUCAAAUGUCGCACACCCUCCGACCGUAAGAUUCUCGAAGAUGAGCGCAAGCCUCGCAAGAAGACCGGGGACAAGAAAUACUGUGUCGUGCAGUGCACUGGCUACUUGAAGUCUUGGGCCCCAGCAGAAAUGUGCGAGCCGGGCGGCUCAACUGAAUGCGGGGGGGAAGACGAGGCCUGCAACCUGUCGUGCCUCGUGGCUGUGGGCCGAGCUGUGCCCGAGUUACUUUAUCCUCCUCAGCCGCCUCCAGCACCAUCCACUUCCGCGAACCAAGCCCCGCAUCCGCCUCUGAGGCAGCUUCAGUUCAUUUCCAGGCACGCGCCCGACGGGAAGUUUUUGUUUGUCGAUCAGAGAGUGACACUGGCGCUUGGUUUUCUUCCUCAAGAACUAUUAGGCAGCAGCGUGUACGAGUACGUGGGUCCUGGCGAACUCGGCAUAGUAGCGCGUGCGCACAAGGCCGCGUUGCUACGCCGAUCGUCUGCGCGAUCAUCUGUCUACUGCUUCCGUCGGAAAGAUGGCCUCUACGCAAGCCUCAUCACCCAUUUCAAGCCUUUUCGCAAUCCAUGGACCAAAGACGUUGAGAGUUUGGUGGCCAACAACACUGUUCUGGCGAUUGAUGUCCAGCCGUCUGGAAAUGCCGGGUACGAUGGCCAGGUAUACAAAAACCCUGCGCAGCACGGCAUGCCUUCCCGUUUAGAAGGCGAGGAGGUAGAUGUGGAAAUGCAGCGUUUGAUCGACUCGCAACUGGAGUGUCACAAAGUAGGCUCUACUAUCGCGGAGGAGGCCUUGCGCCGACCAUCGAAUGACUUUUCACCAGAAUUACCGGCUGAUUUGCUGCAGGAUGCUCUUUUUAAUCAGCAGUCGUCGCUGGUGGACAACAUUCUCUGCGGCGACGCGAGCGAGGCCAGCGAGACGGUUUGCGCAGCCGUACGCAACAACGUCCCACUCAGCGCAGCGGGUGCUCGGGCUUCGCCCCCGGUCGUGCUGUGCCCCACGCCGCCGCCGUUGUCACCGCCGCCGAUCGACGGAAACGGGGAAGCAGCCAUGGCGGUAAUUAUGAGCCUCUUGGAAGCGGAUGCUGGUCUCGGCGGACCUGUCAAUUUCUCUGGCCUACCUUGGCCGCUGCCCUAAACGUUUCAUUGUUCAGCAAAGACACGCCUCUAUGUUCAUGCAACUGACGUAUUACAAUCAAAGUCAAGUAAUAGACCAGAAAUCUAUGUAUAGCAAUUAGUUCUCAAUUGAGGGCCUAGGGAGGGGGGGGGCUUCCCCGUAUAUCUCUACCCUAACAGUCGAGACUUGAAGAGAUUUGUUUAAAUUUAUUAUUAUGUCCAGAUAUUGAUUUAGAAAUGAAUGGUCGUUUUUAUAAACUUUAUUGUGAGCAAAGCUUUUCAGUAAAGUUGUAUAUUAUAGUAUUUAUUGUUAAUUAAAAAGAACCAAAUUAAAACAUAUACGAAGAAAAAUUAAUAAUAUUCAUACUAAAUUUUACUAAUUAAAACUUAAUAAAUUAUUUAUUUUUAUUUAUAAAAAAUAUUUUAUGUUUAUCGUUAUAGCAAUGGAAAAGUUGCGUCGUUCUUUAAACGGAAAAAAAAAUCUUAACAUUAUUUGUUUUGUUUGAUUUGAUUGAUUAAUUAAUUUCUUGUACUAACACUUCUUUAUAUUAACCCUUUUGUAACAGUUAAUUUUUAAAUGACAAAUACUAAGAUCUGUUUCAAAUUGUCUAUGGGGCCGUUCAAGUAUUACGUAGGCACUAAUGUGGGGGGGGGGGGGGUUUCCU